AUGCAUACUAUCAAGUCGUCUUCUGGCUCUACUUCCAAGGCGUCCAGAAAGAAAGCAAAACUCAAGACCGUGAAACUCGACGCGUCCUCUGAACCUCCGAACAAGAAACUGAGAACUCCUCCAGUUGAUCGGGGCGAUGAUAGGCUUUGGGUGGACAAGUAUGAGCCAACGAUCGAGGCCGAUUUGGCAGUGCACAAGCGUAAAGUUGAGGAUGUACGGCGAUGGCUCUCGGAGGCUUUUGAAGGAGGAUCGGCCGGGAAGCUGCGAAAAUAUCGCCGGAUUCUGGUCCUUACUGGGCCUGCUGGUACCGCAAAGACCACUACACUACGUGUGUUAGCUCGAGAAAUGGGUUUCGAAAUCGUCGAGUGGCGCAAUAGUAUGAGCGAACGCGGCCCGAAUGACUCUUGGAUGGAUACGGAAGCACUGUUCGACAAAUUUCAAGCAUUCCUCACGAGAGCUUCCUCAUGUUGUAAUAUUUUCGCGGCAAGCUCUGCAAUCGUGUCGAUGCAGCCACAAUCUCACACCCAGCCAAAAUUUCCAUCACAGUCAUCCACGUCUCUCCCAUCUACUUCCUCGAGCCGUCCUUCUAACUGUCACUUGAUCCUUCUGGAGGAUCUGCCCAAUAUUCUACACCUUCCUACGCAAGCGCGAUUUCACGAUGCCUUGCAGUCGCUCUGCAGCUCUUCUGAGUCUGGACCCCCAGUUGUGAUCAUCAUAUCCGACUCAGGUCUCCGCGGCGAGAAUGCUUAUAAUGAUGAUACGUGGGACGGUGCAGGCGGUGCGCGCUGGUCCAAGAAAGAGACUAUAGACAUAAGAAGUCUUCUUGGAGCUGAUCUUUCCACUAGCCCAUAUGUCACGCGCAUUGCUUUCAACCCUAUUGCACCGACGCUGAUGAACAAGGCUCUGCAGGCGAUGCUCACUAAGCAUUUUGCAUCUACUUCUGGAAAGCCACCAGCCAAAGAUGUUGUAGAGAUGAUUGUCGAGUCGUCGAACGGGGAUAUCAGGAGUGCAGCGAUGGCACUGGAGUUUGCGUGUGUAGUAACGUUGACCAAGGGUGGUGGCAAGGGAAAGACCCGACGGAAUGCGGCUGGAAGUGCACGGGCUGUCUUGGAGGUUGUCACGCGAAGAGAGCAGAGUCUAGUGCUAUUUCAUCUGAUGGGAAAGAUAUUGUAUAACAAACGCAAGGGAGACCCUCCGGCAACACAUCUCUCCACCAGAGAUGCCGCAAAGGAGCGUGAGCUAGAUGAAACGCUCCUAGACCCGUCACCUCUGCCAAACUGGCUUUCGGAACAUGAUCGGAAGGCGAGUCGAGUUUGCCUAGAGACGAUUGCAUCAGAUUCGCCCAUUGACUCGUCGCUCCUGGGAUUGUACAUUCACGAAAAUUAUACUAUGUUCUGCACUGAUGUCGAUCAAUGUGACGGGGUCUGUGAAGGGCUUAGUUGGGUUGACUGUGUCGGUGGUAACCUUCCGUCCACCACCCCACACGCCUUUCCGACACUUGCACUGUCCACGCUUCAUGCUCUCCCGACACCGGUUCCACGAAAGGGACAGAAGGUGUGCAAGCCCUCAUGGUUUGAUGUGCGUAACAAGGAGCAGGAUGCAUUGGAAGGCGUAGGCGAUGUCGUGACCUGGUUGGGACACGGAGGGGCAAGUGACGAGCGUGCACCGGGAAGAUGGACGCAUGCGGAUGUUGCGCUUGAGUUAGGUGGCUGGCUGCGCGCUGUUGAUCGCACUGGUAUUGCUCAACUGCAGCUGCCUCGAACACAUAGGCUUUUUUCGUCCCUUCCGUGGUGUGCGGGAGGUGUUAGUGGGAAUGUCCUCGGAGAAGACGAGAAUGGGGAGGCAGAUGGAGUUGAUGGCGAUGGUGAUAUCAGGGUUUUGGGAGCUUUGAGAGAUCAAAAGGAGGGAAAAGGCUGGUGGUUGGAGAGCGAUGAUAUAGAGGAGGCUGAGUAG